GAGAGAGCACCGAUUUUCGUUCGGUUCAUUCAAUUUUUCCUGGAUAAUUUUGGGAAGCAACUUCACGUCGAUCGAGAACAAGACACGCCGAUCUUGGGUUUUUCUUUUACCGUUUCUGUUUUCACCGAUCUUGGGUUGUUCUUUUUCCAAUUCUACAAGGGAAUUCGAUCGAUGGAAAGGGAGAGGCGUAAUGGCAGUCAUAAUUAUCACACUUGUAAGGUGCACGGUAAUGGAGGCAGUAGAGAAUCUAGAGAUAGAUAUACAGAGUCUCUGCCGUUCGAUUCGCCUCCUUCUGCGUUUUCGUCCGGCGGUGCUGUUGGUUACAUCGAACACACCGUUUCAAAGCUGGACACUCUCGCCGGGAUUGCCAUCAAGUACGGCGUCGAGGUCGCUGACAUAAAAAAGAUGAAUGGAUUGGUUACAGAUUUUCAAAUGUUUGCUCUCAAGUCUCUCCAGAUUCCAUUACCUGGCAGGCAUCCUCCAUCUCCUUGUUUAUCAAAUGGUUUCAUCACUCCAGGACAGAGCAGUUCUGACCACAUCCCACCCUGGCGUAGACAUAGUGAUUUCUUUGAAUCAUUUCAAUCCCUUGGAGUUAAGCCUCCUCAGCGGAAGGUUUCUCCAGCUAUGAGCUCUUUACAUGGUUACUGUGGACUCAAACCGAGAGAUCAGAAAACCAUGCCUGAAUGUCUUGAAAUGGCUGCCUACAAAAGAGAAGAUUCUCAAUAUUUAGAAGAUGGGCCUUUCCCCAGCGCCUCUCUGGUUUCCAACCCAUCUUUGAGGCAUCACCGGAAGUCUAAAAGUUUAGUUAAUGCUUUAUUAGUUGAGGAUGUUGAGCUAGCUGCCGCCCUGUCUGUUUCAGAAGCUCAGGACGGUGACACUGAUAAAUAUUGCGAGAAACUGCUCAGAAGGCGUCAGAAGUCUGAAGCUGAUUUCACCCAUCACACGCCAGAAAUGUUGUUGGAGAAUAACAGCAAUACCGGUGGGUUUCUGGCAAAAACAGGAAAGGGCUUAGCCUUGAGACCCAAACCAGCAAGCCGAACUACGACAAGUCAUGAUUCUGAAACAGGUGGUUUAAACCCAAUACCAAUUGGUCUGGGAGAUUCUGUUCUGUCUGAUGACUUUUCUGUAGUGAAGAAGUCUUCAAGCACAUCAAGUUUGCAGGAUCAGGACUACAGUAGUUCUUCAUCCAUAUGGACUACUACAACUGCAGCCUUCGCAAAACCAAUUUUUGAUGGCUUGCCGAAGCCUUCACCAGGUCGAAGAAACAAAGCUGCACUUGAUUGACUAGUUAAUCUUAUCCAACUUAAUUUUUAGUUAUUUUUAUAGUUGUUCAAAUUUUCUCAGGCCAUCCGUUGCCAGUGCUUGAUGAGUAUAGAGAGGUACGACAAACAGU